AUGGCUAUUGGAGCUGUGGUGUGGCAUCUGGAAGGUCAGAUGCAAGAGUUGUCGUGCUUUUUUUGCUUUUACGCCCGGCGAAAUCGCACCGGGGAGAGUUGCAAGAACGUGAGCAAGGCGGCCGACACUUCUCGCUCAGCACCGCUUGUUAGAAUGAACCUCCGAAUUAUUUGUAAAAAGUCAGCGCUAAUCCCCCCAAAGUCCAGCACGUACCACGAUGAAACCAUCGCCACUACCUCGAUCGAGCUCCUACGGCCAUGGCCGACUCAAGCCGGGCUGUCCGUCAUCCGCACUGGUAGAUUGAUAACGGAGCUUCAAGGAUCAACUGGGCUGUACACUCCGGUGGAUGACCAUACUACCAUGACACGAUGGCUUGGGGUUAUAGAAGCGGCUACCGCCAAGUCGCAUAAGCUGAUUACGGUAGAGGGUGCAGGGCAGCCGCAUAAUACACUGCCGCCAAGAGGAAACAAGUCUAGGCUCUCAAUUUCGAAAUUGACGCAGCCGGCGCCGGAGUGGCUAGAGGUCAACAUUAGAGCUUACCCACUAUCAUCUUACACCCGCGACAGAUGGUAUCCCCGCGGUACGAAUAUGCGAGUGAGGUCCAAUCGCCGUGCCACCUGGCUUCGACACCUGGCUGGGGAAUCCGAAUGGACCGUCCCGGCCAGCGAUUACUGCAGCGAUAGAGGCAGCUAUGGUGAAAGACGGUCCUUAAUUGGCAAUUGCUCAUCCUUCCAUUACGGCACCCCCACCAUACACCUUCCCAUAAUGUUUUCCGUACCCGCAAGACGAGCCAGCGUGGCUAGUGCUGGAGCAUUGCGCUCAUCGAGCAUGGCAAUUGCUGGCCAUCUCGCCAGACGCCAGUAUAAUGUGUCGUCCAAGGUGCAAGCCGCCGAGGCCGUGGCCACCGCGCCAGUGUCUGACACCAUUCACAAUGCCUUCCACGCCAGCCAGCACCAACACCAUCACCAAUACCAACGCCCGCAGCUUAACAUUGUGGCGCGGCAGCAAGAGCCUCAACUCUACCAGGCCAUUGCCACCAUCAUGAAGAUCAGGAAGCGGUAUCUGGAGGAGCGCUUCGUCUUCAUCGAGGGCGCCGAGAUGGUGCCGCUCCUAGCACAGCUCGGCGCCACCCAGGCCGACUUCGCCAGGCUUCAGCAAGUCAGCGACCGACUCUACAAAGACCCUACCCUGCCGUUCCGCCGGUCCAGGAACGGCCGCUUCUGCUUCGACAUGGAGGCCAAGAAGCUCCGGCGCCUGGAGUUCCAGCCCUUUGCCCUGUCGCUUGAGGAAGACUUCAAGCGCCACGACUCUGGCCAGAUCCGCGUCUUCGACGAGGUCGAGGACGAGCUUCAGCUCAACACGGCCUUCCAGGCCCUCAUGGUCUUCAAGGCCGCCGUCAUCCACGGAGUUGAGACAACCUUCCGCGACAAGCUCAACUACGACACCAAGAAGUGGGUGUGCACCCUGUUCAACCUACGCACUGUGACUACUCCCAACCUGUUGGGCGAGCCCGCUCUUGAAGGCGUUCACAGCGACGGUGUUGACCACACCAUGACGACAUACCUUGGCAGCAACAACAUGCAGCCCAAGAGUGCCGUUACCUACAUGCACGAGAUGGAAGAGACUACGGGUAUCUCGGUCAAUGACACCCAGACGACUCUCAUCCGUGCUCGCGCUCAUCACCGCCACUUCCUUGAUACUCUCGUCAUCAUCGACCACGAGUACAAGCACAGCCUGUCACCCGUCUACGCCAUUGACCCCACCCGCGAGGCCACUCGCGAUAUGCUCAUCUUCUUCACGCGCCGGCCGGUCGUCGACGGCCACAUCUCCAGUCGCAUGGACUCGCUCAAGCCCCAUGAAGAGCUGCGCAUGGAAAUUCCCAUUUUCGCUCCAGAGCCACUGUCAUCUACCUUUGAGCCGGUUGAGUAAAUUUGUCAGGUUUUGUCCAAGGCGAGAGGGCGCCUAAACGAGAUGGAAGGGAGAACUUUGGGUAUAGUUCAAGUGAAGCUAUACCCUGCUUGGGCGGACACAAAAGCUUUUGCGGUUGACAGUUUGAAAUCUUUCCUGGAGGACAUCGUGAGAGAGGAUCGUUUCGAGUCCUCCCGUCAUAUAUCACGCGAUUGCUCCAUAACGGCCGCAUAGCUGCCAC